CUCUGUGGCAUCAUUAGAAAGGCUACCCCAGUCAUAGAAAAUGCCCGUGGCAUUUUCCUGAAGUAACCAACCUGUAACUAACACACAAUAGAAAGAAAGACAAAGGCUCUCUGUGAGUUUGAAUAUUGAGAACAUCUGUUUCCAUCUUAAAUGGUUGAUGUAAUGAAUAGACCCUUGUUGACUCCUUCUGUUUCCUAAUUGUUGGUUCUCUGGCUGCUCGUCAUGCACUGCUAAACACACAUACAUAGUCUUUGACUUGGUACUCAAUCUGAUACAUCUCGUCAGAAUCUGAUUAACAACGGGAAGAGCUAUUAAAGGGAGGGAUUCACGACAAAGCAGCAGUACGUGAAAUAGCUGCUGGUUAACAGUUCCUGGCUGAGGAUCAACAUCAACAAUGAAGCUCUUAGCGUUUUGUCUGCUUCUACCGUUGGCGAUGGCGGCAACUGCCCCAAUCAGAGCUCAAAGAGAAAAUGUGCUGAGCUUUCUAAAAGAUUCACUCCCCCCAUCUACAGAAAAGAUCAUACCUGAAAAUGUUACAGCAAACCCUCCAAAUAAAGCAGUGAAAGACCAAGAUUCUGAAGAUACGUCAGAGGCGAGAUCGACAGAGGAUUUAGGCCCCAAUAGAUUUACAGAUUCCUUCAGAGGCCAUGACAGUGAUGAGAUGAUGAGUUCCCAAGUUUUGGACAACGAUAAAGCACCAUCGACAUGGAUAACCAAUGUGGGGACGCAGGUGCGGGACCAGGGCAGUGGGGAGCGCAGUGGGCCACACGGAGCACAGCCAGCAAGCAUAGAGCGGACCGAUGUUAGCGGAGAGCAGGCGCAGGAGGCUCAGGAGGCUCAGGAGCUGGACCACCAAGUGUCUGGCAGCCAAAGAAAGGCAGCACAGGGAAGGGUUCACGGGUCGAAUGGUAUGUUUGCCCCAGGUGGGAGCAGAGAACUGAUGGAUCGGAAUAGUUUGGAGGACAAUGGCAGACCUGCUCCAGUGGGCAACAGAGCAGAUACAGACUAUGCUGAAACCAGGGAGUUUAUCCGCGCUGAAACGCAUCCAAUAGGAGCAAAUGCCCAGUAGCUUCCGCUCUCCAAGAAAGGUUUGAGCCUCCUGGGGAUCGUACAAGGAUUCUAUUUCUUCCUCAUGAUGAGUCAGGGCCUGCCAACUGUUGAGUCAUACGGGCAGCCUGAUUUCUUCCAUUUACAGUUUCUUCUGGGACUUUUUCAUCCCAAUUUAGUUUUUACAUGCAUUUUGUUAUUUGAUCAUGUGAACUAAUCUCAGAAAUAAAGGGGUUUUGACAAUCUUGUGCCACACUUAUGCAUUGAAAAUGGUUAAAGCUGCUACUGAUCGUGUAUGAAAAAUGUUAGAAAAUGAAUUCUGAAACAUGCACAACUAUUUAGAUCA